GCGGAGGCUUUCAACCGAGAAACGACUUGUUUUCUUCUGUAACUUGUUGACGCUGAGAAGUUAGGAGCCUCCUCUUCCUUCCAUGCUCAUCAGCAACCUCCCUCCUACUCAGUCCCUCCCUCUGUAAAAUUUUAUCGGGUCUUCAUAUAUUGGAAUCAAACAUACACGUGGAGUAUUCUCAACCGUCAGAUUAAAAGUUACCAAAGUAGACAAGGCGGAGGCUUUCAACCGAGAAACGACUGGUUUUCUUCUGUAACUUGUAAUCGCUGGAACUAAGAUGUUCCCUCUUCUCUCCUUUUUCACGGGGUUUGCGACUUUGAUCCAAGGCUUUUUGCUACUUGCAAAUGCAUUUGCAGUACUGAAUGAGGAUCGCUUUCUUGAUCCGAGGGGGUGGACCUUGCUACAAAUUCAAGGAGGAAGAACCACGCUCAAGGGAAAGAUCAUAGGGCUUAUACAUUUAUGCCAAUUCUUGAGAUUACCUCUCAUAAUUUUAAACAUCAUAGUUAUUGUAUUUAAGCUAAUCUUUGGGUGAAGCUCUGUGUGAAUUAUGCCUCUUUGUAAUUUAUAAUUGUUAUGAAUUUUGGGCAAGUUAACAUAGUUUUGAUC